AUGGUGGAGAGUGUUAUCUUGGGGAUGGACUUUCUGUGCGCCAUAGAAACCACAAUACAAUGCGGAACCACUCGCCUACAUCUACGAGGCGUUUGCAUUAAUGACAACGAGCCGAUGACCACCGCCAGACAUGUGAUAACCCAAGGACCCGAGAACAAAAUCCAACGACCCACAACAGAGAACCCAACUACGACAUCCUCAACGGAGAACAAAAUCCGAAGACAAACAAUCAUGGCUCCGCAAUCGUCAACAGAGAACGCAAACGCAAGACAACCAACAGAGAACCCAACCACGACAUCCUCAACGGAGAACAAAAUUCAAAGGCAAACCACCAUGGCUACGACAUCACCAACAGAGAACGCAAACGCAAGGAAACCAACAGAAACCCCCGCUACGACAGAGAGCAAGGAUCAAAAACAAGCAACAGAGAACACGAUAACGAGGAUAACAACAGGAAACACAAACACGAUGGUUUCCACAGAGACCACAAGCACGAGAAUGGCCACCGAGACCACCAUCACGAGAACACCCACAGCGAGCACGAGCAACUGUCACGAACGCUCGGACAAGGAUCACUAG